UCCAUAUGUGCAUUUAUGCACUCUCCGUGUUUCGCACAUUUUCGUUCAGUCCUCUCUGUUUCUUCUGCAGCAAACACAGCUACUCUUGCUUUUUCCCCAUUUUUCUAUCUGGUUCUUGUACAAGUUCUAAAGAUAUUAAUGGCUUCUGGAUCUCAAUUAGACGACGGUGAUGAUGCGGAUCUCCGAAACCGGGCUGUACAGGGCCUGAUUUCCUCUCUGCACCGUGCAUUUCGUGACUCUGAAUGUGCUAUGGUGGAAAGGGUUUUAGCGGCGCAUAAAGAGGAGUUGAAGCGAGAGAUUGAGACCAGCACGAAGGAGAACAAGUGGAUUAAAGAAAUCGAAGCUUUUAUGGUUUCUCGUGAGGGAAAACUGAGGCAAGAAAUUGAAUUGGUGAAUGAAAAUUAUGAGGUGGAGAGGUUGGAGAAGAUAGCGAUUGAAGCCGAGUUGGAAAAUUGUAGGAAGGAAGUCUUGAAGAAGAAGGACAUUGAAGCCGAGUUGAAGAAGUGUAGGAGGGAAAUCUUGGAACUGAGAGGGCAAAAUUUGAGGCUAAAAGCGGAGACGAAGCGUCUGAUGAAGGACGUAAACAUUACCGCCAGCCUUCAGACGAAAAUUUGCGAUUUGGAGUGUGCCAAAUUAGGAGCCGAGACAAAGGCCUCUGUCUAUAAAAUGCGAUAUGAGGAACUGGAGAGGAGGGUUUUUCAGCUGGAGAAAGAUACUUCCUUGCUCGUUAAGCUGGAAAAUGUAGAGCCUGUUGGUUUCCGAAAUGAAGAAGUAGAUGCAGUACAAGAGGAAAGUGAAGGGCAUGUGAACUUUUGCGUUGAGAAUGUCAUGUUGGAAGCUUGUGAUGGCCCAAGUUGUCAAUCUGCAGUUAACAGCAAUGAAAACAUUGGGAAUGCAGGUAGUGAGAAACCUCCUUGUCGUGGUACUGUUGACAAUACUGAUUGUGCUCUUGGAGCAGCUUUGGAUACUGAAGAAAGAGUUGCAGAUAGUGCAAAUAUAUGUCAGGCAGGUGCAGAAAAUGGGACUGGAGUGCUCAAAAGGAAGUACAAUAGAUGUUAAUUAUGAUUGUUUGAAUGCCCAACAUAAGAUGCAGAAGCCUUGUUUGCUCGUUGAUGAACCGAUUGAUUCUUUUAUGGGCUUAAGGUUUUGGAGCAGUGACAAAAAGAAUUUAAGCCCGAGGGCAGCAUUUGUGAGAGAUUUGGUGACAAAAUUGGGGACUGGUGAUAACUCCAGUUGCAGCUCUAGUUCUAGUUCAUCGGACUCUAAAGAUGAGUAAGUUAAGAUUUACCCAAAAAAAUAGGUAUUAGCCGUUAAAAUUGUUAAUUUGAGAUAUAUUGAAAAGGAAGAGAGACAUCAGUGCAGAUUAGUAAAUUGUGUAUGCAAUCUUUUGUGACUGAAAGCCCAGUUACGCUGCCAGAUAUUGAUAGGAGUCCCUCUGGUGGUUAAUGGUUUAUUGUAGCCUUAUAUGUUAAAGGCACAUUAGACAGUAGUACUGUGACAGUACUGAAUGAUGUCUUUGCUCUUUGCCUGUGCUGCUGUUAUAUAUUAAUCUUGCAUUGGCUGCUGUAGGAUCUUGACUGUUAGUUAAAUUAUGUUUUAUUUCUUGUACAGUA